AUGAAUUUUACUGUUCCUCACUUGUUUCACGAUCUAUAUUCUAUUCCUCUACUUCUUCUGUAGUGCCAUCAGCAAUCGAGCCUGUCAGGAUCACUUCACAGUGCUGGUUAUCCUGCAAAUGUAGGGGAAGGCGGGGCAAAGCCGGGUGACGCCACCGGAUAUGGAAAUAAGGCUACUACCCGGUUUUGCCUCGCUACCCGGUUUUGCCCCGCCUUCCCCUAUGUACCUUGCAAGUAUUCAUCCAAACUUGAUCAUCGUAUAAUUCUUAUCGAACCAACCUGUUAUGGAAUAGAGAUCAUGGAAGCUCUCAAGCAAAUGCUUAUAGGAAACCACCCUUGUUCCUUGAAAUUGAAAUAUACAAUAUACCAGCUAUCUCAGAAUAACAUCAUCAAUCAAGACAAGACCCUAAAAAGUGUCCUAAAAAGAGUCCCGGAAAUAAGUUUUGAACAAUACAACAAAAUUUUGAUAGCAACCAUCUAUUGGAACCUCACUUAA